AAGCCCAAAGCUUCACAAUGUUUGGUCAGAUGAUCCUCCGAAGAUAUUUUCACCACCACCAUGGAGAGCUUACUCCACGGUCGACACAUGGCUGCUUAAUUCCAAACACUCAACUUGACCUGCGAUCAUCCUUAUGGAUCUCACCUUUCACCAGCCUCCAUCCACAGCACUCGGCUAUUUCAGAAAGUCUAAAGGACAGGGAAAAGGAGCGAGUCCUCUGUUAUAUUUAAUACAGUGCGAGAAACUACAAUUCCAUUCGCACCGACCUCAGACGGAGAGAACAAUGGCUUCCGCUCGCCUCCUGCUCCUCUCCGCCGCCCUCCUGUUCCAUUACUUCGCCGCCUGUGCGCCGCUUCCUUCUCGAGAUUCGUGCUUGGAUGUUUCGCCUGCGGAGAGGCAGCGGUGCGACGUGUCGAGCAUUAGGGUGCGGCAGACGAACAGAGGGCGGAGGAGGGGAGGUGCGACGAUGGACCCGGUGUUCGAGGUGGAGGUGGAGAACGGGUGCUGCUGCGCCGUCUCGCGGGUGGUGCUCGUAAGCGAGGGCUUCGCUAGCUCGGUCCCCGUCGAUCCCAGGUUGUUCCGGCGGGAGGAGGGCGGCGGCGGGUACCUCGUCGCCGACGGAAGGGAGAUCCCCAGCUCGGGCUCUCUCACCUUCCGCUACGCAUGGGACCGAGCCUUCUGCAUGUAUCCGGCGAGCUUGGAAUCCAACUGCUCAGCGCUGGCGAAGCAAAGAGAAGCGAUAUCCGUCGAUGAGAAUUAGUUAUUUGAUUAAAGAUCUUCGUGAAAUCUGUAGAGAUCAGGAGAAGCUGCAGCUUGUAAAAUCAUCUGAAAAGAUUAGAUAUGCUUGUAAAAUAUAUGAUGUGUAUCGUAAUCAUGUUGGUGUAUCGAAAGAAUUCGAGAUGCAUGAAAAAGAAGAAGAAAAGAUUGUAAAUUAGUUUAUAUUGUGUUUAUAGGGAAGAAGAAGACUGUUUCUGUA